UUUGCACCCUGGCUGAAAUUGAAUAUUGCCGCUAAUUGAAAACGUGCGUUUUUUUUUUCCCAAUUCCCACCUUUUCUCGGCUACAUUUCUUUCACUCACCAUGCGCACACCGACAUCCGCUCAUUUGAAACCAUAUGCUUCCCCGAAGAAUUCGCCAUCGCCGUUUUUAACGGCACGCAAGCCCCCACCAAAGGACCCUUCCCAGGACCAGCUUGACUCCAUUUUCCAGUCUGUGCGACAUCAGAUUGACCUCUGGGGUAAAGACGCCAAGUGGAAGAUUGACCUAGUUCUUAUGGAGGAUCGACCGAGUCAUAAGACCACUGGUUCUCCAAACAUGAACCGCUCACUAUCGCCUGCUGUCAUGGAGAAGACUUCUUAUGCAGCGCAUUCCCCGCUGCUUGACGGACGGUCACGACGCUCACUUGAAACUCAGCAAACUAAGAGAUCAUCAGCAUUACAAAGUUUACCGGUGUCAGCUACAAUUGAGUGUCCAUGGGAUUACGAAGCACCCUCAUUGGAUAUGUGGCAGAAUUCAAGUUCUGUCAAUGAAACCAAGCUCAGAGAAAGCAUAGAGCAGCAGCAAUAUCUCGAGAAUAUCAUUCAGAAACAAUCUCAGCAAAUCAAGCAUACUCAAAACAAUUCCACCGAUGUGAAUGAUGUGAUUGAAACGAUGCGAAGUAUCUUUAUGAUGUCGGAACAUGAGCAACGAUUACGAUUUUCAGUCGAGAAAAACAUGCUGACAAGAGAUAUCCACACCUUGACUGAGAAAUUGAGACGCAUUAAUGCCAUUCUGCAGACCAUUGAAACUAUGGAUGUACGACCUCAGGAUGCUCAGUUAAGCCAAGAAAAUCUAAUGGAAGAUCGACGGAUUUUGCUUCGUAAACUUCAUCUCAGUCAUCUUCGAUUGUCAGCUAAAGAUGCCGAGAUCGAUUAUUUGCGCGAGCAGUUACGAUCUCUGGACAUUCCGCCUCCAUCUUUAAUACGAUCACUGAAAUCACAGCCAUUACAAAAAUUCGCUAAAGGUCCGCCGUAUCUAUUUCAGCAACAGUACUCACCCCAGAUGAGAAGCGAUAUCCGCCCAUCACCCGCAACGACCGACAGUCCCAAUAUGUCAGGUUUAGCUAGUCUCGGUAUUGUCGCGGACCGUAUGCUUAGCAACCCGGAUUUCGAAACCAAGGAAAAUAAGCCGAAAGCGGUUGAUCAGAAUCUACAACGAGUAGCAGACGAUUUACAGCAGUCGACGUCAGAGUCGCCUGCGGAGGACUUUGUCAACAACAAACGCUCCAAACGAUCCAUUGAUUCGGCCACUGCCCUCUUGUCUAUGCCUAAUAUGGUAUUUCCCACCAAAGAUGAAGAAUCAACUCCUACCAUUGCAGAAGAAACCCCUGUCACCGAUAAUGCGCAGAACGGUAAACGGGCGCGAUUAACUUAUGUGCGAUGGUCCCCCGAAGAAGAUGACCGAUUACGGCAGUUGGUGAAGACUCAUGGUGCUAGCAAUUGGGAUGCCGUUGCCGAAGAUAUGCCCAAUAGAACAGGCCAGCAAUGUCGACAAAGAUGGACCAAAUAUUUGGAUACAAAGAAUGACAAAAAAGCCAAUGUGGACGCGCGGCAUUCGCCAUCUAUCGCUGCUUUAUUGGACACCACCGAGGAUUAUAAAGCACGAGAAACGAAAAAAUCACCGCCGAGUCAACCGGACAUCCGUUUCUCGCCACACACAACACCACCUCUGACUCACCCUGAAAUCAUGAACAAAUAUCAUCCCCCGCAAGUAUUACCGCCAGAUAUGAACUAUCGUCCUCCCUCACCCAUUUCGACACCAAAGGAUAAGUGGCGAGCAACAAUCCACACCGACCAGUAAUUUGAAUUUGCUUUAGUGACAUACUCACCGCAAAAAAAAAAAAAGACCAAAAAAAAACCUGUCAUGUUGUAUAUGAAGUCAUUCGACUCCUUUGGAUCCCAUUCCAAUGUUUAUUCGUGAUCGACAAUUCCAGGAAAUCGCAGAAAUUCUUGCUCAGCAUUUGUAGAUAAGAAAUAUUGAUGUUUUAAAAUAAACGUGUAAUUAUGUUCGUCUGUAGUCAA